AAAAAUCCAAGCUCUGUGAGUGUUGGUGAGCUACAGACAAGGCAAGACAUAUUUUUUGUUUUUAGAUACACACACAAUCAUGACAACCUGCAAAAACACCAUAAAGAAAAUGCUGCCAAAGACUUAUCUUUGUAAACAUGUGGCUGAUGAAAUACAUGUUGCAUUGAUCCAUUUCAAAGGCCUUGUUCCAGUGGUGGAUAAAUACAUUUACAGUGAUGGAACCACCAAGGUCUUGAUGAGUCUAACAGGAACUAUCCCCAUCCUUUUUGAAGACACAAGUUAUAACAUCCCCAUAUGUGUGUGGCUCGAGGAGUCCUACCCUAAGUCAGCCCCCAUCUGCUACGUCAGGCCCACGAGGGAGAUGAUGAUCCUGCGGGGAAACUACGUCUCCAGCAAUGGUGACGUCUUGUUGCCGUACUUGCAGGAGUGGAAGCAGGGGAAGUGUGACCUGGUGAGCCUCCUGCAGGUGAUGGUUGCCAUGUUUGGAGACCGCCCUCCUAUCUGUAUGGAGCCUCAUCGUCACCCUGCACAAACAUCCUGUUCGCUGCAGUUCCACAAACAAUCACAGGUGCUUUCCCGGACAGACGGCAGUUUGUAUAUGUCUUUAUCAACAGAAGAUGGGCAACCUGUCCUUCAAGGAAAUGAAACCAGCUGUUAAAAGAUUUCAACAUUAACUUGUUGCUUGUGAAAAAUAUCUCGGGCACAGUAUAACAUGAACAUAAUUGGUUGUUGUUUGAUUCAUUUCAUUCUUUUGUCAGUCAAGAACUAGCAUUUUAUCAUUACAUGUAUAUAAAUGACUUGCAACGUAAUUGUCUGUAAGAUUUAAGAUGCAUUGCCUCAUAUAUACUGUUUACUAUCAUAUUGUACAUUAAGCCUAUGUGUGUGUGUGUAUAUAUAUUUUAUAAAUCAUG